AUGCUACGCCUUUUGCUCCUCUCGUUGGCAGCCGUGUCCUCAGCGGCAGGCCUCGAUCUCAACGUCUGCUCCCUGCAAAACAUCGGUUCCGACCAUGCCUCCAACCAGUACAUGUCGAAUGGCUGGUGCCACAACCAUUGUCAGGACGGCGGAUAUGCCGUCGCUAUAACUCAGGAAUUCAGCUGCUGGUGCACAAACGAUGUGCCUGCUGACACCUCUGACCUGGAUAACUGCAACACCGGCUGCCCUGGCUACGCCGAGCAGGAAAACUGCGGUGGUGAUGGCUACUACGGUUACAUUUUCAUCCGAAGUCCGUCCAGCACCGUGGGGCGCCUGUCCUCGACUUCUCUGACGUCAACAUCCUCCUCAUCCUCGUCAACAUCGUCUUCCUCAUCGACAUCCACAUCGUCCUCUUCGGACCCUCCCACAACCUCCACAUCGUCCACUCCAACGACAUCUUCCACACCAUCGCUGACUUCCACAUCCUCCACCAUCCCUCCCCUGACUUACGAGGAGCCUUCCUACAGCGAACCUACGACUUCAAGCACAAGUUCUUCCUCCUCUAGCUCCAGCACUUCCAGCUCGUCGUCUACAUCGACUUCGUCGUCAUCUUCAUCGUCCUCGUCGUCAUCUGCCUCCUCAGAACAGGCCCUGGUGGUCACUUCCGUUCAGGCCACUACCGUCUACUCUACGGCCACAGCAGGUGGCUCUGCAUCACAGGUGGUUUCUACCCGUUACAUUACGGAAGUUGCAUCCACUUCUUCCUCAUCGGCCUCGGCUUCGGCUUCGAGUGAAGCUAGCGGUGACGCAAACGGCGAAGAGCAAAAGUCAUUUUUUGACUCCACCGGCAAAGUCGCUGGCACUUUCACCGCUGUCGGUGUGGUGGUAGUUGGCGCCUUGGGAACGUUACUAUACUGCUGUUGUUUCGGCGCAGGUCGCCGGAACGAUGACUACUCUGACGAAGAGAAUCAGUACUCUUCGGAUGAGCUAUCAGUGAACGGCGAGAAGGCUGCGGUGGCUGGGGGAGCUCAGUAUCACUCCAAAUCCUCGCUGCGCAGCUCAAACCUAAAGAGAGACAAUCUGAGCAAGUCGAUCCUUUCCAUCUUCAACCCGGGCUCGAACGGCAUGGCUGGUUCUCAUGUCGGCCGCAGCAUGUCGAAGAAGAAGCUCAAUCCAAAUAAGGAGCCUGCUCCGGACACUGGCGGGCCCAUCAUGUUCCCAAUCCUGGAGUUUGACAACCGUUUGGACCCACUGACCAUGUUCCAGAACUCCAAUGCAUCUAAAUUUUCCUUUGCCGACGAGAACGACUACUCUCGCCGUAUAUUGCAUGUCGCUAACCCCGAAUAG